GCUGCUGCUGGCAGCUACAGGAUGAAGUCGCCUCCCUGCUGUAUGUCUCUCUCUUCCCAAGCAUCCCUGGAGGAACCAGGGAGUAGCACAUCCCUGGGCUCCCUGGACUCCAGUGUUUUCUCCAGUGAGGAAGAGCAGGGGCCCCUGCUCCAGAAGGUCAUUCCCUCCCUGGACUGCUUUACUAUCAACGUCGGAGGCAGCCGCUUUGUGAUGUCCCAGCAAACUUUGUCUUGCUACCCUGACACCCGUCUGGGCAAACUGGCUGUAGUGGUCUCUGCUGCCCGGGAUGUAGCCUCUGGCCUCCUUGAGCUUUGUGAUGAUGCCAACCUCGUGGAGAAUGAGUAUUUCUUCGACCGUAGCUCACAGGCAUUUCACUACAUCCUGAAUUACUACCAGACAGGGAGGCUACAUGUGAUGGAGCAGCUUUGUGCACUCUCCUUCCUGCAAGAGAUCCAGUACUGGGGUUUGUCCUGCUGCAGAGACCGGUACUUCAGGAGGAAGGAGUUGAGUGAAGCCUUAGACAUCAAAAAAGAUGCAGAAGAACUGGAUGCCCAAGAUGAGGAAGAGGACUUUUCUGGUACCCUCUGUCCCAGUGUCAGACAGAAACUUUGGGAAGUCUUGGAAAAGCCCGGCUCCUCUGCAGCAGCCAGGACUUUCGGCACUCUGUCCAUGGCUUUUGUUGUUGUGUCCAUUGCCAACAUGGCUUUGAUUUCAGUAGAGCUAAGCUGGCUGGCACCACCACUACUGGACGCCCUAGAGUACCUCUGCAUUGCGUGGUUCACUGUGGAGUUUGUUCUGAGGUUCCUGUGUGCACGGGAUCGGUGUCGGUUCCUAAGAAGUGUGGCAAACAUCAUAGACCUCCUUGCUAUUUUACCUUUCUACAUCACCCUGCUAGUGGAGAGCCUGUGUGGUGGGGAGAGCUCCCAGGAACUGGAGAACGUGGGGCGCAUUGUCCAGGUGCUGAGACUGCUCAGAGCCCUGCGGAUGCUGAAACUGGGAAGACAUUCAACAG